AUUACAGCAAAUGAAUCAGAAACUGUUAAAACUGUUUUGUAAUUGGCGCCAGUCAUGCGCACUUCAAUGGAAAAAGCCAUUGAAUUCUGAGAAUGCGAGAAGAGGAAUUGAUUUGGUUUAUUAUUCAUUAGAAGACGGGACAUAGUUGUGGUCAUGGCGUUUAAUUUUAAGAGCGAAGAGGAUGUGAAGGCGUAUCUCAAAAAUAUUUACAUGGAAUAUCGAUUUGGUUGUGAGAGUGAAAAAAAUGGAAAUGCUUGUCAUCUCUUGGGGGAUUACAAUGAAGGAAUUAAACGAGAUAUUGAGACGGCAGCUAAUAUUUACAAAGCUAAUUGCGACGAGAGAAAUUGGCCCAGAAGUUGCGCAAAAUUCGGAGGAUAUGUAGCUACAGGAAAAGGCUGCGAGAAAGAUUACGUAGAGGCCUUCAAAUACCUGGAGAAAAGCUGUACCCUGAACGACCCGAAGGGUUGCGUUCAGGCAGGGACUCUGGCUACAGUAAAAAGCGUGAACCUCGAGGAAGACAAGGUCAAACAAAUAAAGAAGGGGAUGGAAAUGUUCAAGAAGGCCUGUCACGAGUAUAAGGAAGAGCCCGGUUGCUUCCUCCUAGCUAGCAUCUACAUGGGAGGCCUCAAAGAGUUUAUAGAACCUGAUUUAAGAAAGGCAUACAAACUCAAUUUCAAAUCCUGCGAAAUGGGAAAUCCUUUUGCCUGCGCCAAUCUCUCCCAGAUGCACGCCAGAGGCGAGGGAGCACAGAAGAAUGAAAAAAUGGCUGAUACUUUUAAAGAACGAGCUCUAAUACUCCAUAAAGAACUUGCAGAACUUCAGAAGCAACUCCAGUUCCAACAGGGCAUCAAAACGUGAUCCCAUCUUGUUUUCUAGGUGCUAAAUGCGAGUCUAAAUAUCGAAAAUAUUUAGGGAGGAUUUUCCAAAAACGUCAGGAGCCAAUUUUUAAACUUCAGAUGAAUGUUUUAGUUACACUAGUCAUGUAAUUAAAUUUAAUCAGUUGAUCAAAAAAUUCAAUAGUAAAUAUUUUUUCUAUAAACCUCUUUGCUAUUUUGACCACGUUCAAUGAAUUUGUGCAUGGAAAUGAAAUACAUGAGUGUUUGCGGCGAUAACAGA